AUGACCUCUUGUUGUGUUUGUGGACUGGAGUCAUCAGGUGCUCAUUCAUGCUCAUCAUGUCUACAAGAUGUUCAUGUCAUCUGUGGAAAAAUAAAUGGUGACGAAGGCUGGGGUUGUUCAGUACUUUGUAAUAACUGCACAACAGAGCCACCUGCAAAGAAAACAUCCUCUUGGAGCAUUGCAUAUCCUUCCAGAUCACAAGAGCUAAAGCAUAAGGUUCCAAAUCUGAAACAGCAAACUGAAAAAAGUGAAUGGAAAACCCAUUGUGUAUGUCUAACAUGCUUUGAAAAUGGAAUGGAACCGAAUAUCUAUGUUAUGAGCAGAAGGGACAGCUCUACAAAGAAUAGACAUGUUUUGCGACGUCACCCUCAAGUAACAUUGUCUCAAAUUAGCAUUGUAAACUUUGAUUCAAAUGGCAAAGAAGUCUCAUUGGCCAGGGAAAAGUAUUAUGCAAGCACUAACAAUGACAAAUGUAAGAAAAAUACUUCUAAAACUCAAGGAACAUUGUUUAAUUUUUGUUCAGUUAAACCUGUCGGAGAAGAUUCCCCCACAUUUAUCUACAACAACAAAAAAGAUGCAAGCAGAAGCAAUAAAGUAACGAUACCACACACUGAAGCAACAAAGUCAUUUGUCAAGGUGCUGUUGCAGAAGUAAAGACACCAGACACUGAACCAACAACAACCAAAUCAACUGCUGGGGGGCUUGCUGAAGCUGAUUGCGAAGAUACAGUUCCACAUCAGAGUCACUCUUGUACCAACCUCGUACCCAGGACUAGUCGCGAAUUGAAGGCGGGCGACAUAGCCCUGGUAAACGCUGGUCACGUGACUCCAAAAUUACGUAAUUGUUACUUUUCUCAACCGGGGGGUGAAUAGGUGAAACUCGAAGACAAACAGUUUUUAUCUCCGAAAUUCUUCAAUCUUCCUUCUGAAUUUUGCACUUCAAGCUUUUCUCAAAGUGCGGCGAUCGAUCAAAUGGAUCAAUACUUUCUGUAGAAAAAACUCAGUGAGAUUUGUUCGUAUGAGACGUUUAAAAGACAUGGGAUAUGUCGCCAAAGACGCUCGAUCAUUGCACAGGUUUAUGGAAUAGUACUUUGUUCAGUUUGUUGCGACUUAUGCAAAUUCAACUCUUGUAUAAUGACUAAAAGUUGGUUUGUAGAGGGACAACUUAUACAAAAGAUAUGAAUACAUUAGCUUCAAACAGGGACAAGUUCAUGGACAAUGGACAUCCCUAAUAUACGGACAUUGAUAUUUCACCAAUAUGUAAAUAUGACUAUUAAAUAUAUAGGGGGUGUUGGUGUCGGCACUUUGAUCUUUUUUUCUUAGGGGUUCAAAUUUUAUUGAACUCCUCCAUAGGGGGUGUAUACAUUAAUUAAUGGAAUGGCCCAAUGCACCCAGAUGCACCCUACUUUGUUAGUUUACUCUGUCUAACGCCAGACAAUUUUACUCGUCAGGUGGAGGGUGCAUGGCGCCACUCAAUGGGUUAACAUAGUCGAUGAACAUGCCAAAUGAUCCUUGACCGUGGUAGUACAUUUUUGCACUUGCUGGAUGAUAUUGCAACAAAGCAUUGUUUCAGAGGAAGAGCACUGAGAUCAUGCUGUGUAGCAAUUGGAAUCUCACAUAGAGCCUGCUCUCACAUAAAGCAGGCAAGACCUUCACUCAGAAGCCAGUCCUGAUUAAUAUUAAUUCCCCACAUAAACACUUGGAAACCAGACUGUCCCAUCUGCCAUAUGCAGGACAAAAAAACAUGCAGCCUGGACUUUAACUGUUAAACAACCAAAUCAGCAUGAUAAACAGUGUGAUGAUUUUUGUUUAGCCCAAACCAAAGCCAGGUUUCUAGAAUUAAUUUGCAGAAUCCUAAGAAUUGGACCUCCAACUUGAAGAGCUAGCUGUGCUAACCAAGUUGCAUGGGCAACCCUGAAUUGACGUGACUAGAGCAAACCUUCAAAAAAUAAUAGAGAGAUCAGAUUUGACUUCCACUGCUGCUAUUGCUACCAAUCAGAUUUGACUUCCACUGCUGCUAUUGCUGUCAUUAACUAACCAGAUAAAUUUCAUUUAUCCAAUCAAACAAUCGGAUGCAACUGCCAGAUCAAGUAGUGGUAGUGGAAGUCAAAUUUGAACCCUUUCUAUAUGGAUUUCAGAGAGACCAGUCAUUAUUUGCUGAUAUAUUAUUAUAACUUGUUUAAUCAAAAGCUACUAUAUAUUAAUUUAUGAUAUUAAAAAUUGAUAUAAUUUUAUCUAUAAAGUGAGAAUAAUUUAAAAAAAAUAUUCAUAACAUAAAAUGAUUCAUGCAUGCUGGUGAUUGAAUAAACCAUGAAGUGUGCAUUCUGAAUCUCUACAAAUUCCUUGACAUUAUUUUUCCAGUACAGUGUAAAACUAUAUAUAUAAAUGUGACACAGGUUGCAGGUAUUAGGUUGCAUGUCCACCAGUGUGCUGAAAUACCAUCCAGUGACCCGGUCUUGUUCAUUGUUUAUACUUGCAUCUUGCUUAAUUCAACUGUUUUUGCCCCAUUUCUUGUACCCAUAAAGUUCUUUUCAAUAAUCUAGAAAACUUCAAAAUCAUUCAGUAAAUUUAAUCUUAAAAUUGGGUGAAAGGUAAGGGGUCAAUAAUAGAUGAAGAAAUCAUUUCUUAUUGUUCAUACAUAUGGCCCCAUCUCUGUAGGGUAUUAGAGUAGAGAUUUAUUGAAGCCUGAAGUCAGAAAAUAAAUAUGGCAACAAGGUUACAUGCCAUACUGCAGAGUUAGGCAAUUUUUUUAAAGAUCUCAAGGGCACAAAAGGUAUAAAUAUAGAUUGUAGGGGUAAGGGAACAAAAUAAUGAAAUAGUGAGAUUCGGGGGCAGGUUUUACAAUGGGGUGCUAAAACUUUUCCCUAAAAAAUCCCUGACCAGCUGGAGUGCUGAAACUGAUGUUUGACUAUUGAAAUAUCCUAGCAGGUUAGGUUCAUCAGAUUUUAGCUUUGUCAACCUGGCCACUCUGUUAUAAAUUUACAGUAAUGGCUCAUUUAAAUAAUUUCAGGUCAUUACUGUAAAUGUAAAUACAAAGUAUUUGAAGUUAAUACUGCUGUAAAAUGUAGUUUAAUAAUAUUGUAUUAAAGUGUAAACACGUUUCUCAAGUCUGGCCAUGUGUUUCUCAAUAUUCACAAUAUUUAACUACAAUUGUACAAAUUCAGCUAACUAUAUUAACAUACUGUAUAAAAUAUAUUACAGUAAAUAGCCUUUGAAAUAUAUAUUUCAUAGAGCUAGACAGUGUAUAAACAAAUAAUGGGAAUCUGCUAAAUAAUUUGUAACAAUGAAAUACUUCUAAACAUUUUCAAAUUCAUAUAUACUGUACCUUUUUAUACUUGAUGGAAAUCAUCACAAAUAGUAUGUACGAGAUUGGCUCCAUUUUCACUGCUUCGAAAUUCGAAACAUCGCCUCCUCGGCGAUUUACAUGAUGUGAUAUAAAAGAAGAUUGAUGUACAUUCAACGUAAUAUAUAAACGUAACAUAUUAAGAAGAAAGAUUACAACAAAAAAUAAAAGAAUAUAAAUAAUCCGCAGCAAUUCAAGAUCCAUUCGUGAACUUUUCGUCGCCCCCUGUCUUCAUUUCCACAAAGCCCGCUUGCAGGCUAAUACUCCAAGAAUCUUGGAGUAUUUGCCUGACACGUGACCAGCGUUUACCAGGGCUAUGUCGCCCGCCUUCAAUUCGCGACUAGUCCUGGGUACGAGGUUGCUCUUGUACUUGUAAGCAUAAUACCAACCUGUUAAAUUCCAAAAUAGAUGAAAUGAUUCAGGCAAUGAAAGAGUUUAAAAUUAAACAUCCACUCCUGCUCCAACUAAACCUGUUAUUUCGUCAUUUCUCAGUCUUCAAAUUAACAACGUGACUGACUGGAAGAAAAUAAGUAACAUCAUAGACUUGACACAGUCAAUUCCAGAAAUUAAAUUCUAUGAUGGAAAUCACGAAAAUAGUCCUUCAGUUUUGAGAUGUGAAGCAUGCUUCCAACUGCUUUCAAGUAGGUUAACAGGAGUCAAUGCCGCAGCAGAUCCACGAAAAAUAGCACUUAAAGGGAUAGGAAGAUAUGCAGGGUCAUUGUCAUCUGGACUUCUUUUAACCCCAGAGAAAACAGAGAGUAUAAUUAAGGGAGGCAAUAAUUACUGGUAUGGAAUAAAGAGUGCAGUCAAACAACAUACUUCUUGCGAUGGAGAACAUUCUCAACUUCACUUCGAGGCACUCCAGUAUGCAGCAACGCUGAGGAAGAGGAAGUCAAGAGGACUCGAAGUAACCGAAAAGCUAAUACGAAUAGCAUUGUCUGUGGUAAAGUCGAAAUCAGCAGCUCAGCAAUUUGAACACCAAAUAGCAGCACAUAUUGCUACAGGGAGUGAUUUGGGUGAUCUUGGUCAUAGUAGAAACCAUUUCAACGAAAUUCUGUCGACGAUAAAUGUGUGGCUUGACAAACAAACAGCCAAGCAAAUUGGAAAACCCUUGCCUUCAACAGGUUUCCAGCCUCAUUUCUAUGUUUCUUGUGAUAAAAGCACUCCUCAUCGAAUUUCCAACCAUGCCAUUAUGAUAUGCCCAGUCGUUAGUGGAAAGCGUGUCGCAAUUCCAGUAAAUUUGCCUGAGAUUUAUCCAAUAGAUUCGUUGAAUAAAGACGGUGUUUCUGGGGGUUGUGCAAAACCAUUGGUGAAGAAGAAAGCUUCGAUCUGA